AUGACUGGGGAAAAUUCGAGAGAGAGGAAGGUCGUGCGACUGUCCUCCAAGACAAAGGAGCUCCUGGAAAUCGAUAGCAAGCACUCCGCGGGAGGUAUCUUUCCACUUCCUGUCUUCAUCAAGAGCGGCAGGGGUUCUAUAUUGAAGGAUGUCGACGGCAAGGAUAUUAUUGACUUCAUCUGCAUGUUGAGCGCCACCAACCUGGGCCAAUGUCACCCAAAAUUGCUCGAAGCGAUGACCACCUCUAUGCAGACCAUCACUCUCACCAAUAUCGCCACUAAAGUGGGCGACUGGGCCGAAUUCACGCGGGACAUGUGCACACGGUUCGGCUAUGACAAAAUGGUAGGGAUGGUUUCUGGCACAGAAGGUGCCGAUGCAGCCGUCAAGUUUGCCCGGAAAUGGGGAAUCAAAAUGAAGGGCAUUCCGCCUCGCGAUGUCCUCGUACUUGGGGUGUCGGACAACUAUCAUGGCGUUGGCUCCGGAAUCUGGCCCAUCAUGAAUGAUAUGGGCCAGUCAUCGGAUUACGGUAUCGCCAACGAGAAUCUUCGCAAUACCAACCCAAAGACCGGGGAUCUCCUGAAGUACGGAUGCCUGGAAGAUUUCGAGCAAGUCCUUGCUGACGUUCACGGACGUGUGGCCGCAAUAAUCAUGGAGUGUAUCCACGGAAAGAAACCUUCCUUUGAGGAAGAGCUCAAGUUUGCAAUUGGCGUGCGCCAGCUCUGCAAGAAAUACAAUAUACUAUUCAUUGCCGACGAAGUGCGAAUGGGCUCGGGCAAAACUGGAAAAUUCCUUUGUUCCGACUGGAUGGGUCCGGAGAACAAGCCCGACAUGGUUGUAAUGGGAAAGUCCAUCACCGGUGGGGCUUAUCCUGCCUCAUACAUCUUCGGUCAAGACGAGGUGAUGGAUUUGGUAGGCGGCUAUGAGUCUGUAGCAACAUUUGGUAUGGCACCGGCGGCUAUCGCUGCCACUCGUGCGACUCUGAAGAUCAUGGACGAGGAGAGGCUCGUCGACCGCGCCACCUGGAUCGGGCAGAUCUGGAAGAAGGAAACAGCCGACUGGAACAUGCCAUGGCUUGACUAUACCACAAACCGCGGUGCUGAUUUGGGCCUCUACCUGAAACGUACUGGCAACCCGCGACACACCACCCGACGACUGAGCAUGCUGUGCCUCCACAAGGGCGUUCUCACCUACCCAGAUGGAGACCGCGUACGCAUGGGUGUGGCUUUGAACAUUCCAGAGGUGGAUCUUCUUCGAGGUAUUACGAGAGUGAAGGAGGCUCUCCUUGAACUUGAAGAUUACGACGAGAUCGAAACUGGGCCUCCAAUGAAGGGUGUUGUUCCAGAUAUGUAA